AUGGAAAUCUGGGAAACAAAGUGCAAAGAAAGUAUUCAACCAUUAGAAAAGAUUGUCGAAGAUAUGGAUUGUUGUUGUCGUUGUUGUUGUUGUUGCUAUCGUCGUCGUCGUCGUUGGUGCUCUUACUGCUCUGUUGCUGCUGCUGCUGUUGAUGCUGCUGUUGAUGCUGAUGCUGAUGCAGAUGCAGAUGCUGAUGCUGAUGCUGAUGCUGUCAGCGUUGUUGACGAUGGUGAUAGUGUUGGCUUUAGUGAAUAA